AUGGCAAGUUCUGGCAAUGGCGGUGGGAAUCGCGUUAGUAGUGAUGUGGGUGGUGUCGGAGUGAGAAGCGCGGCGGAGAAGGAAAAGACGAAGAUGAGGGAGAGGCAGAGAAGGUCCAUCACCACCAAGAUCUUUCACGGCCUCCGCAAGCACGGCGGUUACCGCCUAUCUCCCCGCGCCGACAUCAACGAAGUCCUCCGCCACCUUGCCCGCGAGGCCGGCUGGGUCGUCGACGCCGACGGCACCACCUACCGCUCCCCCGCUCCACUCCUCGCGCCUAAUCCCUGCCCACUGUGCGGCGGCGCCGGAAAAAGAAGCCGAACGCCGACGCCGACCAGCAGCGUGAUCAACGUUUCCGGCGGGGGCGAUUCUUCCACCGCCUCUUUGUUCUACUCCGGAGCUUGGUCGGAAUGCGACAACCCCCUCGCAGAAUACAUGCAAGGAAGCAUCGGCCUACCCCAGUCACAGGACGCAGCAAGCGGCGGAGGAGCUUUUCCUGCGGCGUACGAUGGAAAACAACGUCCUCUCGUCUACUUGCAGGAGGCGAGGGCGUCGAAUCAGAACACCCCUGUGGGUUCACCGAGAAACGGGCCGUGAAAACCAGGAGAUAGCGACCAACGUAACUUUUUUGUUCCUCUAGUUAGUUACUAGGGCCUUGAACGCCGGCGUGUUCCUGGACGUCGUUGUUUGCUUGACCUUCUCUGGUUUAUGCGGAGAUGGUAAAGAAGACUUGAAACUACUUUUGAAUUAAUAUGCAUAAUAAUAAUAUGCAAGGAUACACAUACAUGUAUAGAAUCAUGUUUUAUAUUUUUCUCACUAUUAUUUGAGAAAAAUACAUUAUACACUCUAAUGGAUGGUUUGGUAUAAAUAAAAUAUU